CUCCUGGCUUCUUCUGGGAUCCCUCUGCCCCACGGUCCGUCGGCCCCGCGCUCACCCGCCUUAGCGCCCCCCCCGUUGUUAUUUGUCACCACCAGGGCACCAUGGACCCGGACGACCUGAAAGUGGCGCUGGAGCGGCAGAGGGGGGAGAACAAGGAGCUGGUGGAAGCCUUGAUGCAGCUGGAGGCCGACUACGCCCAGCUGCAGCAGGAGCGAGCGGAGGCGCGGGAGGAGGUGGGCAGGCUGCGGAGAGCCACGGUGGCUGUGGAGGAGAAGGACGGAGCUUGGGAGGAGCUGGACGCCACCAAAUCCAGCCUGCUGCACGUCCAGCAGGAAUUACAGCUCCUGAAACGCCAGCGGGACAGUUUGGAGGAGGAGAAGCAGGAGAUGCGGGGCGCCAUCCAGGAGCUGACGACGGAGAAUCUCACCCUGACCAAGGGGAACUUCCGAAGCCACCAGCAGCUCUCGGAGGUGCAGCAAGCCAUGAAGCAGUUAAAGAUGGAUCUGCAGCGAGUCAAGGAGGCAAGAGAUGCCCAGGGGAAGGAGCUGGCCAAGGAGAAGCUCCACGCCUCCGAGCUGACGGAGACGAUUCGGGAGCAACGGGAGAUCCAGGAGGUCCUUCAGAGCAAAAUAAGCCAACUGAAAGAAGAGCUGGAGGACUCGGAGCAGCAGAACGCGCUCCAGAAGCUGGAACAGGGAGAGGACCUCUCUGGGUCGUUGCUGUGCGAGAUAGUGGAAGCCAAGCUGGAGACUCGACUGGUGGCAAAGAGACGUGGCAUCGCCUACUGGCUAUGGACGCUGGCCUCCCUCUACGUCUGGCUGCAGCUCCUCGCCGGCUCCCUCGUGGCCAUGGCCAUCCUCUAUACGUACUUCUUCGACGAGGAGUUCAUCUACCGCACGCUGCCGCGGGUGCUUUCCGAGCAUGGCUACGACCAGCUGGCCUCCGGCCUGGGCGGCCACCUCACCCUGCACAGCCAGGGGCUCCUGCCCUUCUGAGCCCUGCCCACGGCCACGGCUGGCUGCGGUGCCGCGGGCUAUUAGUGGGCAUGUGUGCGUCUGGAGGAAAACCCAGUAGAGGCCC